AUGAUGCACCCUUACGUUGUUGCAAGCAUACUUGUCGGUGGCGCUGUUGUUUGCUAUACUGCAUAUAUUCUUUACAAAGAAUUAACGGAGGUGCCACAAUAUGAAUAUGUUUUCACUGACGGUCCAAGAGCUGGUAAAGAUACUAAAUGGCGUGCGAAUAAUGGCCAAACAAAUGAUUACGAGAGUAGUGAAGACGAAAGCUUGUCUCUUGUUGGUUCUGAGGAAAAGUCUGGUAUUAGGAGGAGAAAAAGGGGAUCAAAAGACAAACUCCGAAGAAAUUUAAGCAAUAAAAGUCAUAGUGAUGAUGAUGAGCAAGAACUGCUGGACAGGCUAUCAUAUUUGAAUGCAGUAGAACAAGAAAUCGAACGUAAAAAACAACAAUUAGCCAAUGAAGAACGUAUUCUUAGUGAAAGAGAACGUGAUAUCGAAAAAAGAAGGCAAAAUUUGUCACAAUCUACUCGUUCUAGUCGCUCAAGCUCACACUCUGAUUUAUGGCAGAGUAUAAAUUCACCUAUUGGUGCUACACAUUCCAACCAUUCUACAACCUCCACUUCCACCAACGGAUUUGAUGAUGACCAACACGAUCAACCAUUGAUAAUCGGAAAUCCCGAUGUUAAUUCUUUGCAUUCAGCCCCACCUAGUGCUAAAAUGACGAAUAGUUCUGUAAACGAAGAGAGUAAUUCUCUAUCUGACUCAUUUGCACACGCAGUCCUUACACAAGACUUGUCACACAUCAGCUUGCAGCAACAAAUGUCAGACAUUAAUCCCGCAUUCGUAAUUCAGCCGCCUGCUCCUUAUUCGGUAGCUUCUAAUUCGACUGUCUCUUCUAAACAAAGUUCACACAACGCGAUUCAAGAGCCAGAACAACAACUUCAAAAACAACAAUUGAUGGGAUCUAAUGUGUUUCCCGAUCAGUCACCUUCCUUAUUAAAAUCUGUUCCUACAGAAGAAACAUGGUCGGAAAUUGGGUCUGUUAUCUCUGAGAAUCUUGGAAGUAUUAUGUCGUCGGUUGUGGAUAUUGAUAUGGAAAAUAUAGAGCAUUGA